AUGAUAGUAGUGCAACUCAAGCACAUCUCGGAAUAUGCUCUCAGUUUCAGUCCAAGCCUAGACAUCAACCAAACCAAGCCCAUUACGGACUUCCCACCACUAUACAUCCAUCCUCCCAAGUCCAUCCACACUCACACCGCGAUCCUCCUACACGGCCGCGGCAGCAAUGGCCCCGAAUUUGCUGAGGAGCUAUUCUCCUCCCUGACCUCCAAGAAAAAUAACCUACACGACUGCCUCCCCUCCUGGCGGUGGGUGUUCCCCACCGCGCGUGACCGCUGGGCCGUUGCAUUCGAAGAAGACAUAUGCGCGUGGUUUGAUGCAUACUCUCUAACCAACAUCCAAGAGCGGCAGGAGUCGCAGGUUGAGGGUCUACGGGAGUCCGUUGCGCAUAUCGUCGGUAUCCUCGAGGCUGAGAUCACACAGCUGAAUGGCGACACAAGCCACGUGUAUCUGGGAGGCAUUAGCCAGGGGAUGGCGACGGCGUUGUGGACUGUCUUUUGUGCGUCUGGGACUGGGAGAAUCCAGCGGCAGCUUGGAGGAAUUCUGGGUUUCUGUGGCUGGCUGCCAUUUGCUGAUAAUGCAGAGGAGUUGAUUCGGGUCCACCAGGCUAAAUCUAAGUCUAAGGUUCAAUUACAGCGCCUGGUUUCUCGGUUCUCCGUCGAAACGAUCGGCUUGAAACCUUGUCGGGAAGAAGAAGCCUCAGAUACUUUCAGUGGCUUCCCAAUCCUGACUACGCCGGUUCUCCUGGGCCAUGGCACUGAUGACGCCUUCGUGUCUGUCGAAUUAGGUCAGCAAGCAUCACGGGUUCUGAAAGAAGUCCUGGAUUCGGGCAAUAUUGAGUGGAUGGGAUACUCGGGGGCGGAUAAUGAAGGGCACUGGAUCAAGGAGCCGGAGGCGUUUGAUCGGAUUCUUGCAUUUUUGGCGGGACCAAGUAGUGAAGAAUAG